AUGUAUACGGAAAGACAUUUCAAUUUAUAUAAACGAGAAAAACCACACAAUAGAGACUUUAAUGGCAAGGAAGGAAAAGCCUAUGAGGCUAAGGACGUCUACGGACCGGAGAUUACAGACAAAGACGGGGAACUGCUUGAUCAGCACGACAGCUUUUAUAUUAAUACAAAAAGCCUGCUGGUGUUGUUCCAAAUCAUGGGUGUGAUGCCUAUCAUGAGAGUUCCAAAAGAUGCUCAAACAACUAAACGAACGACUUAUAAUUGGAUAUCCAAGGCAACAUUGUGGGCGUAUUUAGUUUGGAGUCUUGAGAGUAUCAUCGUUAUUAAAGUUGGCAGAGAGCGAUACUCCAAUUUUCAACAGAACACGAAUAAAAGAUUUGACGAAGUUAUUUACAACAUUAUAUUUUUAAGUAUACUUAUUCCUCAUUUUCUCCUCCCAAUCGCAUCUUGGCGUCAUGGACCAGAAGUCGCUAUAUUUAAAAAUAUGUGGACACACUACCAGCUAAAAUAUCUCAAGAUUACUGGAACACCAAUAGUUUUUCCUAAACUAUAUUCUCUUACCUGGGGUUUGUGUGUUUUUUCUUGGGCUCUGAGUUUUGCUGUCAUUCUCUCUCAAAACUACCUUCAAGACGAUUUUGAAUUAUGGCAAUCUUUCGCUUACUAUCACAUUAUAGCCAUGUUAGAUGGUUUCUGUUCCUUGUGGUAUAUUAAUUGCAAUGCAUUUGGAACAGCAUCUAAAGGUUUAGCGACAAAUCUACAUAAGGCUCUUGAAGCAGAACAUCCGGCUUUGAAAUUGGCUCAGUACCGUCACCUUUGGGUAGAUUUAUCUCACAUGAUGCAACAGCUAGGAAGAGCUUAUUCGAACAUGUAUGGAAUUUACUGCAUGGUGAUUUUCUUCACAACCACAAUAUCAUUAUACGGAUCCCUGUCUGAAAUAUUAGAUCAUGGCUUUAGUUACAAGGAAAUGGGACUAUUUGUAAUAGUGGGUUACUGUAUGACUCUAUUAUUUAUAAUUUGCAACGAAGCCUAUCAUGCUACAAGAAAGGUCGGAUUGGAAUUUCAAGUUCGCCUUCUCAACGUAAAUCUUGGCGCCAUAGAUCGCAGUACACAGCGAGAAGUUGAAAUGUUUCUUGUGGCCAUUGCCAAAAACCCACCGAUUAUGAACUUGGAUGGCUUCACGAACAUUAAUCGAGAAUUGUUUGCAGCUAAUAUAUCUUUUAUGUCGACAUAUUUGAUCGUGUUGAUGCAAUUUAAGCUGACGCUACUGAGACAAGGCACGAAGAAAGUUUUCAAAUCAAUCGUAGACGCCAUAUUUAAUACAACAACUACAAUGUCACAAGAUGAUGUCGAAGAGUAG